AUGGGGGACACAGAGGAAAGGAAGGACGCUCCGAGAAUCAGAUGUCUUUCGAAGGUGAAGAUGUUUCUGUUGGCGUUAACAUGGGCCUAUAUUUCCAAAACGCUGUCUGGGUCGUACAUGAACUCCAUGCUCACACAGAUAGAGCGGCAGUUCAACCUCCCCACCUCGCUGGUCGGAUUCAUUAAUGGAAGCUUCGAGAUCGGAAAUCUGCUGCUGAUCAUCUUUGUGAGUUACUUCGGGACGAAGCUGCACAGGCCCGUGAUGAUCGGCGUGGGCUGCGUGGUCAUGGGCCUCGGCUGUUUCCUGAUCUCUCUCCCGCACUUCCUCAUGGACCGAUACGAGUACGAAUCCACGGUGUCCACUUCAAGCAACUGGUCUUCGGACGGCUUCCUGUGUGUGGAAAAUGGAAGCCAGGCUUUAAAGCCCACCCACGACCCCUCAGGUUUUAUAGAAACGGGAGCCAUCAUCGGCCCUCUGAUUGGACUUCUUCUCGCCUCUUUCUGUGCGAAUAUUUACGUGGACGCCGGGUCUGUGAACACAGACGAGCUGACCAUCGGCCCCACGGACACGCGCUGGGUGGGCGCCUGGUGGUUUGGCUUUCUCAUCUGCGCCGCGGUGAACAUCCUGACGGCCAUUCCCUUCUUCUUCCUGCCCAAAACCCUCCCGAAGGAAGGCCUGGACGAGGAGGCCGGCUCGGUGACCAAUGACAAGGAGAAGGAGAGAGGAGCCGUGGCCGAGGCCAGCGGGGGCAUCACGAAAGACUUCCUGCCGUUCAUGAAGAGUCUCUCGUGCAACCCCGUUUACGUGCUCUUCACGCUGGUCAGCGUGCUGCAGUUCAACGCCUUCGUCAACAUGUUCUCCUUCAUGCCCAAGUACCUGGAACAGCAGUACGGCAAGUCCACGGCUGAGGCCAUCUUCCUCAUCGGUGUUUACAACCUGCCCCCCAUCUGCAUCGGCUACGUGGCGGGCGGCUUGAUCAUGAAGAGGUUCAAGAUCACGGUGCGGCAGGCAGCGCACGUCGGCUGCUGGCUGUCUGUCCUGGAGUACCUGCUCUACUUCCUCACCUUCCUCAUGGCCUGCGACAACCCCCCGGUGGCGGGCAUGACCACCUCCUACGAAGGGUACGUGCUUCUCGCUCGCUCGUGGGUUUCGUGUGUGUGUCAGUCCUGGGACUUGAACUCGGGGCCUGGGCGCUGUCCCUCAGCUCUUCAGCUCAAGGCUGGUGUCCCCAAGUCCAUCUUCAUUUUCACACAGGUUUUCCACAACUGCAGCUGCGUCGGGCCGUCGGGGAACGCAUCCGCCGUACUGGGCCUGUGCGACAAGGGCCCGGAAUGCUCCAUGAUGCUCCAGUACUUUCUAGUCCUGUCUACCGUGAGCAGCUUCAUCUACUCCCUGGCCGCCAUCCCCGGGUACAUGGUCCUCCUCAGGUGCAUCAGGUCGGAAGAGAAAUCUCUCGGCGUGGGACUGCACACAUUCUGCACGCGAGUGUUUGCUGGAAUCCCAGCUCCUAUCUAUUUUGGAGCGUUAGUGGACUCCACCUGUCUACACUGGGGCUCUGUCAAGUGUGGUAAGCCAGGCGCGUGCAGAAUCUACGACUCAAACAACUUCAGACACAUCUACCUAGGCAUGCCCGCCGCCAUCAGAGGCUCUAGCUUCCUUCCGGCCUUUGCUAUCUUAAUUCUUUUGAAGAGUCGCCAGCUUCCUGGGGAAAACGAUUCCCCCGUCACUGAGUCUGCAGAGCUGAAGGUCGCCCAGGGGGGAAAUCAAGGCAGAGAUGUAGCCCAGCACGCUAAGGGUUUGAACGACGAAGAAUUGAAAACGAAACUCUAA